GAAUUAAAAGCACAGAAGGGCCUUCUCUGCUACCGUCCGUAUACUCCACCGGGACCUUGGAAGUCAUCGUCGCAUCGCGUCCUGAACAGCAUCCUCCCAUCGCGGACGCUUCUAUAUAACAUUUCGCGAUCUCGUUCGAACCACAUUCAUGGUGGCUUACUCUUCGCGUUCCCCCUCCUUCCAGAAGCCAUAUACCUACCCUGAGCCUCCACGAAAAAUGGCGCGCUUCAGAGCCAGCAAUAUUCUGGGCGACCCCUUUGCGCUCGCAACCACGUCCAUCUCCAUUUUGGCUUGGUUGAUCGCAUUUAUCUCCUCCAUUGUCACUGGCGUACAUGGCGGAUAUCCCACCUAUUCAUGGUGGGCUGUUGCUUACUCAUUUUGCUGCAUUGUCGGCAUGGCGCUUGUCUUCGGCACCGAUACUGGUGCCGUCUAUAACAUAGCGAUCGUGGGGUAUCUUUCCGCUGGUCUUGUUAUCACAACAAUCUCCAUCAACACGUUAGUCUAUGCAAACAGCGCCGCAUCGCAGGCUGCCGGUGCUGGGUUCAUUCUUUUGGCUAUGGUUAUUAUCAUUUGGAUUUUCUACUUCGGAUCUAGCCCUCAGGCUUCGCAUCGCGGCUUCAUCGAUUCAUUUGCCCUCCAGAAGGAAGGUGCUGGCUCGUACGGAAAUGGCAGACCUAUGUCAACUGCAUUCGGCAAUCGACCCGAGACGACAUCCAGCCAGCCCCCGCAGAUGUACACGUCCGCUCAACUCAACGGCUUCGAGACCUCUUCGCCCGUGUCGGGUUAUCCCGGAGGAGCCCCCGGCUCCGAACACCGCAGCUCCUCGCAGCCCCGCUUCGGCAACCCGUCCGCUACGAAUCUGCCCAACAAUGGCGCACCAGAUGAAGUCCCCCAGCCCACGGAAUAUCCGUACCGUGCGAAGGCGAUCUAUUCGUAUGAGGCCAACCCUGAAGAUGCCAAUGAGAUCAGUUUCACCAAGCAUGAGAUCUUGGAGGUGUCCGAUGUGAGCGGUAGAUGGUGGCAGGCCAGGAAGGCCACCGGAGAGACCGGUAUUGCUCCAUCCAACUACCUGAUCUUGCUGUGAUCGAUGCAGAGCAACCCACGGUGUCACGUCCUUUCCUUCCUUCUGUCUUUUUUGGUCUGUCAUGGUUCUCGCCGUUUUGUUGCGAGAGAAAAAUCAGUUUUUGAUACCCUUCGAGUAGUAUCACUCGGCGUGAUUCUGGUUUGCGAAGU